AUUUUCAAGUUUCACAGUGUGUCAUUCUAACAAAGCCAGAUUGUCAAAAAAAAAAAUGCUUGCCGAUUGUUUAUUAAUCAUCUUUAUUUCAAUAUGCACAGCUUUUCUAGGAGAAGGGCUAACCUGGCUGCUGGUGUACAGAACAGAGAAAUACAAGAAACUCAAAGCUGAAGUUGAAAAGCAAAGCAAAAAAUUGGAAAAACAGAAAGAAGUAGAAGCAUCUGAUAGAAGUCAGAAAAAGAAAAUUGAAAGACAAGAGGAAAGAUUAAAGAAUAACAACAGAGAUCUGUCCAUGGUGAAGAUGAAGUCCAUGUUUGCCAUUGGUUUUGCUUUCACCAGCUUGCUGAGUAUGUUUAAUUCAAUUUUUGAUGGAAGAGUAGUGGCAAAGCUUCCAUUUGUACCAAUUUCAUUUAUCCAGGGUAUCUCACAUCGAAAUCUAGCCGGAGAGGACUAUACAGACUGUUCAUUUAUAUUUCUGUAUAUAUUGUGUACAAUGUCUAUAAGACAGAAUAUUCAGAAGAUGUUGGGACUUGCCCCAUCAAGGGCAGCCAGUAAACAAGGAGGAGGCUUCUUUUCCCCACCCACCCAGAUGUCAAAGUAAACCAACUUUACAGCAACAGACUCUUUACAUUUUGUUCCUUUUAAAAUUGAUAGACAUUCAAAAUUUGUAAAAUUUUGGUAUUUUCAUGGCACUGAAAAUGAAUUACAAACAACAGAUUGAGAUGUAACCUGUGAUGAAAUGACAAAUAUGCCUAUUAAGUAGGAUCUCUACCAGAUUGUGUAGAGGACAAAACUGCUUGUUCGAGUUUUGGAAGCACACCACUGUUGUCGUGUGAAUGGUAUUAUUUGUUCUGCCUCAGAUGUUUGUUAUGGUCAGGCAGUAUUAUGUUGUAAAAUUAGGUCUUUUACUGUUUCUAAUCCUCAUAUCUUUAAUUAAUGUUUCAUUUUGGAUUUUUGUAUUACACUGCUUAAUCAGGAAAUAAUUUUGUACUUAAUUUUUUAGUCGAGAUUUUAAUACUUGGCUUGUAUGGUAAGUCAAAACUUUAAAAUGUCUAUCAUUUAUCAGAUAUUGCUGUAGCAUGCAGGGGAAUGUUCUUCCUCUUGCUAUUAUCUGUCUGAAGAGAUUUAACUUCUAGAAAAUCUAAUAAUGUGGGGAAAAUGUCAAAAAGAUCAGGAAUUGUGUAAAAAAUCCAAGACCAGAUACAAAAGUGUUUUAACAGCUGCUAUUUUUGCUUUUUAGAAAUACUAAUCAGAUUCAUGAAAAUUGGUUUUCUAAUUUCUAAUUUUACUCUUUUUUUAUCUUUAUUUUAUUCUUGUCUGUAUGAAUACUUCAAAAUAAAAGUCAUAUAAAAUCAA